AUGGCCGCUGUCGCACGGACGCUGACGCUCGUGGUCGUGGUCGUCGCUUCAGCGGUGGCUGAGACAUGUGUUGAAGGUGAGGAAGUCGAGGACACGGUUCUCUUGGCUCAUGCGGCUCACGCAGCUCAUGCCACCACAUAUUGUCGAGAGGUCCAAGCACUUCUGGAUUCAGAAUAUGGCGAAAAGAUCGGCAAGACUGGUGAGCUUUUUGGUCUUGGCCAAUCUUGGGAGAAGAUGGAAGCAAUCUACACAUGGAAAGACUUCCUGGAGGCAGUUUGUACUUACAACAAAUGGGCAGAGGGUGCAAAUGAGCCAGCUUUUCUGGGAGAUAGUGACGUCAAGAUUAAAGCCAUGACUGUGGUUGGUAUGAUGGCCAACGUGAAGGUGGAAACGCUGCAUUGGACCGCUUGCAAGGAACGGCUUUCGUUGCCUGAUGGGAGCUGCCCAUGCCACACAGAUCCGGAAUUCGUUGGCGGCUGCUCUUCUGGGACAACAGAUCACUAUAAUUCAGUAAAUGCUGCGAAAGAUGCGGGCUUUACGGUCACCACCUGCAAUGGAGUGAGCGCUCCAGCCGAUGGCUGCACCGAUUUCUGGGGCAACGCCUUGGAUCCCAAGGACUGCUGGUAUGGGCGAGGUGUCACGCAGCUCACGUGGCCGGCCAAUUACGGAAUGCUGCAAGACAUCAUCCAAAAGGUGACUGGCCAGGAUCUAUGCAACAAUCCGGACUUCGUGUGCAACACUGCAGAGAAUGGCUUUGUAACAGCCAUCGGGUAUUGGAUGAAGAACUGCCAAGAAUGGGACGCCUCUCACACCUUCGACGCAGCUUUGGCAGCAAUUCGGCCGGCCAACACACAAGCCAAUCCAGAGCGCAGAGCGUCGUUCUAUGAGUGGUUGAAAGCAUUGGGCAUUUCGCCGGUGACAACUACACCAAAGCCGCCCAUGCCCGAUGAGGGCGAGACACAGGUCAAGGCAGGCGAGGGGUGCUGGCAAAUUGCGGAUCGUUGUUGCGAUGGGCAGGGCGCUGACUAUGCGACAGUCAUUUGUGAUCCACCAGCGUGCAGUCCUGGCCCUUCCGCGGGCACGACCAUCAAGUACAAUUGCAAAGGAUGCAAUUGA